CGGAUGAUCGUGGGCGGCUGCUAUGUGGGAUCCCGGGCGAAAAUAAAAGAUGACAACUGCAGCCAGACCCACUUUUGAACCCGCAAGAGGGGGAAGAGGAAAAGGAGAAGGUGAUUUGAGCCAACUGUCAAAACAGUAUUCAAGCAGAGACCUUCCCUCUCAUACAAAGAUAAAAUACAGACAAACUACUCAGGAUGCCCCUGAAGAGGUUCGUAACCGUGAUUUCAGGAGAGAGUUGGAAGAGAGAGAGAGAGCGGCUGCUAGGGAAAAAAACAGAGAUCGUCCAACCCGAGAACACACAACUUCAUCAGUGUCAAAGAAGCCCCGCUUAGAUCAGAUCCCUGCUGCCAACCUGGAUGCAGAUGAUCCUCUGACAGAUGAGGAAGAUGAAGAUUAUGAAGAGGAGAGUGAUGAUGAUGAUACUGCAGCUCUUCUUGCAGAACUGGAAAAAAUUAAAAAGGAAAGAGCUGAAGAACAGGCCAGGAAGGAACAAGAACAAAAAGCAGAGGAAGAGAGAAUUCGGAUGGAAAACAUUCUAAGUGGAAACCCUCUCCUUAAUCUCACUGGCCCAUCCCAGCCUCAGGCCAACUUCAAAGUUAAAAGAAGAUGGGAUGAUGAUGUUGUCUUCAAGAACUGUGCAAAAGGUGUAGAUGAUCAGAAGAAAGACAAAAGAUUUGUGAAUGAUACACUGCGAUCUGAACUUCACAAAAAGUUCAUGGAGAAAUACAUUAAGUAGUGCAGUUUUAUGUGCUUAAUUAAAGAUGCAAAAUGUUAAGGAUCGGUUUGAUUUUCUUGUUGUUCUUUUUUCUUUCCCAAUGUAUAAAUUAAGUUCCAAAAUGUGUCUUCUUUCUAUUAUAGCACCUCAUUUCAUAAUAAACUUGGGAACUGGUCUCAUUGCUUUCCAGUUGCUGAAUGUU